AUGGCUUCACUACAGUCUGACAUUCUGACUUUGCAGAGCUCAAAAUAUCAGUCAAAUGACCAUAGGAUCCCUGGAAAGGGAUCAAGACAAUCAUCAUGUUCCAGAUCUUUGCAUCAAGUUCCAUCUUUGUAUAAUGGAUUGAGAACUAAAUGUAAAGUUCAAGCAUCUGUGGUAAUCAGUACUGAGAGCAUAAGAGAUGAAAAAGAGAAAGAUAUAAUUAAAGGAGGUUCCACCCAAAAGUCUAACCAUGUGGCAUGGCAAAGUGUGGCAAGGGAGCGCUGGGAGGGUGAACUUGCAGUGGAUGGAUACAUUCCAAAAUGGCUGAAUGGUACCUACCUGAGAAAUGGACCAGGAAAGUUUCACGUAGGUGACUACAAUUUCAGGCACCUUUUCGACGGAUAUUCUACUCUGGUUCGUCUUCACUUUGAGAAUGGGAGAUUAAUUGCAGGACAUGCACAGUUAGAGUCUGAGGCUUACAAGGCUGCUAAAAAGAACAACAAAAUCUGUUAUCGUGAAUUCUCUGAAGUACCAAAGGCAGAAAACUUCCUUGAAUAUAUUGGGGAACUUGCAGGACUCUUCUCUGGUGAUUCAUUAACAGACAAUGCCAACACAGGAGUCAUAAGAUUAGGCGAUGGGAGAGUUGUUUGCUUGACUGAAACAAUGAAAGGAUCUAUACAAAUCAAUCCUGCCACUUUGGAAACCAUGGGCAAGUUUGAAUACACAGACAAACUAGGAGGGUUGAUCCAUUCAGCACAUCCUAUGGUGUUCAAUACAGAAUUCAUUACAUUACUCCCAGAUCUCAUCAAGCCUGGUUAUGAUGUGGUCCGGAUGCUACCCGGAACAAACGAGAGGACUUUGAUUGGAAGAGUGGAUUGUAGAUGUGGCCCUGCACCUGGUUGGGUACAUUCUUUUCCUGUGACAGAUAACUAUGUCAUAGUUCCUGAAAUGCCAUUGAGGUACUGUGCAGAGAAUCUGUUAAGAGCUGAGCCCACUCCUCUAUACAAGUUCAAAUGGCACCCUGAAUCAAGGGCCUUCAUGCACGUCGUAUUAAGAGAUACAGGAGAAAUGGUAGCAUCAGUUGAAGUGCCAUUAUUUGUGACAUUCCACUUCAUAAAUGCUUAUGAGGAGAAAGAUGAGAAUGGGAAGGUGGUGGCAGUGAUAGCAGAUUGUUGUGAACAUAAUGCAGAUACCACCAUCCUGGAUAAAUUGAGACUGCAAGAAUUAAGAUCCUUCUCUGGAAAGGAUGUUCUUCCAGAUGCCAGAGUGGGACGUUUCAUGAUACCUCUGGAUGGCAGUCCAUGGGGAAAACUUGAGGCUGCAUUGCCACCAGAGGAGCACGGCAAAGGGAUGGAUAUGUGCAGUGUAAAUCCAAAAUACGUAGGGAAGCCAUAUCGCUAUGCAUAUGCCUGUGGAGCACAACGCCCUUGCAAUUUUCCCAAUACCCUUACCAAGAUUGAUUUAAAGGAGAAAACAGCCAAGAAUUGGUACGAUGAAGGGGGGGUUCCAUCGGAACCCUUUUUUGUAGGUCGACCAGGAGCUAACAAAGAAGAUGAUGGAGUGGUGAUAUCAUUAAUAAGCGAUAAAAAUGGUGAUGGAUAUGCCCUAGUUUUGGAUGGAUCAACAUUUACUGAAAUAGGUCGAGCAAAGCUACCAUAUGGAUUACCCUAUGGAUUACAUGGUUGUUGGGUCCCUGCUCCUUAGUGGAAGAAUAAGUACAUAAUAAGCAUUUGAGCAUGUAAUAUGAUAAAAAAUACGAAAUAGAGUAAUAUUUAUUCAAGUUUUAUGGUGGAUGAUUCAGAUGGUAUAUCCAUUUCUAUUAUGGAUUUUUCAAAGCUUUGGAGAUGAUCUUAGUAGUCCGUAGUUGGUAUUGGCUAAGUGUGACUGUUUUAAUGAAUAGUCUGUCAGAUUAUGCACUCAUAAAUUUGGUCUGCAUUAUAGUGCAUU